AUGUACUCUAUACGGAAUUUUUGGCUGGUCUACAUCAUGUUACAGCAGUUGAAUGCAAGUCUACGCAGACAUUUUGCUGCGCAUAAACGCGAGCCUAAGCUCAACCGCUCCAAAUUGUACCGCACUCCUAGACUUGGCGCCAAGACUUAUACCCGGGCUUCGGCCAUUCAUCGCGCAAACUUCAACACAUACCCAGCUGGUACAAACUUUACUUUGGACAAAGGCUCCGUCCCGGACCUGGCGGAGUUUUGUCGAUUCACCGCGCAGUACAAUACCUUGUCUUCGUCCUCACUCCAGUUUGAAGUUUGGAUGCCAAUGGUUGAAAAUUGGAAUGGUCGCUUUGCGCACGUCGGAAACGGCGUGGAUUCGGGAUCAAUUUCUUAUUUGUACAUGGGCGUUCCGUUGACUAAAUACGGAUUUGCGGUUGCCAGUACAAACGCGGACAUAACGGAACUAGCUUGGAUGGAACUUUUGCCAUGA